GUUCUACUGAGGAUGGAUACUGGACGACGGCUUUUCCCCCAUGCUUGUGCUUAACGGACUUGUCGCAUAGCGUUUGGAAUAGACGGACUGUUGUGCAGCAGUUGUUCGUUUUUUGUAUGUGUUUCUCGAUCGCUUUGAAUUUAUGUGUGGACUUGACGUUGCUGCACUUCGCCAGGCUGCACUAUGGGUACUUUCCACGAAAGCACUGACAUGUUCACUUUACACCAGAUCGACACAAACACAUGUUUCCCCUGAGACUUUACAACUUCAGGUAACGGCACUCACGCAAAUUUUCCAGCCUUGCGUUCUAUCAGCACUCUCAACCCUCAAUCUCCGGUGUUGCUCAUAUCACAUUAUCUUCUUUAAAUGCGCCCUUCAUCUCCGAUCUUCACCUCACAUUGCGAAAUUCAGUUUAUCACGCAUAUCCAUGUACACUAUACACACGACAUCCCUUGCAUGGAUUCAGUGUGGCAGUCUCACAUACACCAAUCCCGUGAAAAACGAAAGCCCUACAAGGAAAGCACGACUCACAUCAACAUAUAACUCUAGAUCAGAUGAACACUACCAGCGCGUUCCAGAAGUGACUUCUAAGUCGCGUAAACGACACCCUACCCGACGAGACAGGCUAAUGGAUAAAUGUAGCAUCAUAUCCGGAACUACACUCCAUCGCACUUACCGCUUCCACACAUGGACAACCACGACCUCUCGUCUAACCCCCCUGCCAACUUACGAGAAAACUAACAAAAUAAUGAGUACAAAACACCAACACAAACACCAACGCCCAUCCACGCCCACCCACUGAACCAGAACCAAAUCCAAAUCCAAAUCCAAACCCAGAACCAAACCCAGAACCAAAUCCAAAUCCAAAUCCAAAACCAUGACACAAACCACCACCCCCACUUCAUCACCGCCCGCCAACCCCGAAAUAACCCCUACCCCCACCCCGCACAAACCAACCCACCAACACCAAGCCACCGCCACCGCCAACACCUUCCGCAGCGUAAACGUCGCGCACACGAUUAAUCCCGCGGAUGGGAAGACGUGGGCGUGUGAUCGCGGGUGUGUGUUUGAAUCUUUUGUUGAGGGGGGGAGGAUGGGCGGGGAGGUGGGGGAGGGGGAGGAAGAAGAAGAAGAAGAAGAGGGGGGGUGGAGGAGGGGGAGGUGGUUGGGGUGGUUUUGUGGGGGUUGA